CAAGGAAAAAAUAGCCAGAGAGGCCCAAAGGCAUCUGUUACAUCAGGAGCUCUCGUCGUAUUCCCUGCGACGGAACUGCCCAAGUUGAGCGAGCUGCAAUUAUCAGCAUGAGAUUAAACAAGGUUAUUCCAAUGGCGAGCGUCAGCGGCAGUCUCCAAUCUGGCAAUCUCCAUCCACUGGCACGCCUCGUUGACCUCCCUAAUUCUCUUCGCCUGUCCUUGCCCACCCGCAGGAGAUCCGACAUGGCCAGGAAGAGGCGGUGCCCACGCGACCAACUGGGCCCAGACCAGACCAUGAAGAGGAUGAAGCCGGCGAGGAAGAGCAAAGGCGAGGAGGUGGAGGUGGAGGUGGAGGAGGAGGAGGACAAGAGCCGUGGCCGGAGACAAGGGUGGUCGGAUGUUAGGAUGGCACUGGAAGAGCUCUCCCUGUUCAAGCUCGAGGAGAGCAAGGUCUCCGCCAUGCCUCUUCUCGCUGCCUCCAAUCUGCUCCUGCAUCUCCUCGAUAAGAUUGGUCCUACGAUGCUGGUGCUGAGGCUGGAUAUACAGAGGAAUGUUCAGAGAGUGGAAGAGGUAUUCAUGUUGGAUCCAAACAUGAAUACAAGUUUAAUCGAGAUAGUGAAGAAAGAAGUAGGUGAGGGCACUUCAAGAAAAGCUGGAAGCUGUUCAAAAGCUAUUCUUUGGCUCACCAGGUCUAUAGUUUUCGGUUUAACUUUGUUCCAAAAGUUGGACAAGAACCCUGAAUUAAAACUUGAGCAAGUAGUGGAAGAAGCAUACAGUGAGGUUUUGAAGCCAUGUCAUGGUUGGAUCUCGUCUGCUGCUUACAAGAUAGCUUUAAAACUGGUUCCAGAGAGGGAAACCUUAAUCAGAUUGCUCAUGGGUCAAGAGCAGGAUUAUGAAGCUCUGAAACAAGACAUCAAGAGCUAUGUGUCAGUGAUUCAGCCACUUUUGGAUGAAAUAUGUGCCCUCUUGAGGACUUAUCAUUUGGAUAAACUGAAGUCUACAUGAUGACCUGCCAUUCUCUCUGCACUCCUUGUAGAUAAUGUGAAAGGAAAAUUGUACAGACACUGCUUUACUGCAUGUUUACUCUGUUUUGUCUCUUGUUUUUGUUGAAUAAGAGGGACAAGAUAGAAUGGGCUUGUUUAAGAGGUUGGGGAGUUCAUGGAAAGAAGAAAGAGAUAAUAUAUUUUGGAUGUUUGUGUAUGUAAAGUUUUUCAUCUGUGUAAAAUAUUUUGUGGAGAAUUUUUUAUAGGAAAAAAUUUGUAUGUAAA